ACGGACCGAUGGCAUUGCGGAACGGUACGGAAUCCUAAAACCGAGUUGCACACAGGCCUUUUGGUGUACAUUGUUCCGGCAAUGUGACGUACAUGUAGUGAUGCUGUGGCACCGUGGUGGCGCAAAGCGGAGACAAUGGAGUGCGUCACGCCGGCUAGCGGGGCUAGCAUAAAUAUAGGAGAUGUGUGGUGCCGCCGCUCACUGUGAACAUGGCCGCCAAGCUCGUCGCGCUGGUCUGCCUGCUCGGCGCGCUCGCACCCGCUCGGGUCAGUACGGUGCCCUCGUGUUUACCUAUCUCACUGGCGAAAACAAAUCAUUAUUGUGUACAACGGUUUACUGACGCCUGGUUAAGAUAUCAGAAUUCACUAACAUCAGUUCGACUUACUACUACCCUCCCGCUUAAGCUCAAGAUUAAGGACAUCGUUUGGGUCUCAACCUAAUCGGGUGGUCCCUGUACGCGUGAAUAAACCGUUGUAUCCAAUAAUUACGAAUCGGCCGCACGAAAGUUAUAAUAUCAUUUGGGACACAGUCUUUAUUUAUGAUACCGGUGCUUAUGUAUGUGUCUUCAUGUGUCGCGUCUCGUUGCAGGCGGCGGUGCCCGGCACGUUCUUCUGGAAGUCGAACGUCGGUCUGGCGCAGGCGGGGGGCACGCAUUUCCCUCGCACGGUGCAAAAGAGGCCGAACUGGGAGAACAUCAACAAGGGGUUCGUGGUGAUGAUCGACGGCUACCAGGCGGGGCUGACGGCGGCGGCGCUGGCGUCGAUGGUGGGCCUCAUGGAGGACUUCCCGCAAUUCAAUCCCACGCGCGCCUCCUUCUUCACCAACACGUACCGCUGGACACUGCGUUACCUCAGCCAGCUCCCGGACUGGCUCUCCGGCAAGAGCGGCAACUACGUAGAGACGCACAAGGUCUAUCGCAAGCGGUUCUUCUACUUGGAUAAAUUUGUGCCUCAGUGGAUUCGUAACAUUCUGUUUUUCAUCGAUCCCAAGGAAUGGAAGAAAGAGGAGGUGGAGUGGAUACGAUACUCCAAGUUCGCCGAGCCCUCGUUCGGCAAGUACUACAAGUACCCUUCGAAGAAGUUCAACAACUGGAACUCUAUGCGCAUCACGGAGACCAUAGAGAACCUGGACAUCACCCACGGGUCCAUCUAGACCCGGCUGCGGUGCCGGUGAGACGACAUCGAACAGAUUCUAUUUACCUAGUUAUACAGAUUUUUUUAUAUUUUUCCACGUGAAUAUUCUUCAGUAUAACAUAUUUUUUUAUUAAAUAAACAUACAUUAAUGUAACAGGUAUUGUUAAAGCUUCGUAAACCUACGUUAUACCUGCCAUACGUCAUCAUCUGUAUGAAAGUGUUACUCGAUUUCAUCGCAAUCUUUCAAGGAACAAACGUCUCAAUUGUCAAUAACUGUAGUAUAAACAUCUCACAAGUUUACAGGAAGAACUAUAAGUCUUCAGAUUAAUGUUGUAUUAUGUGAUUAUGCUUACCUUUUUC